AUGCGAGUCGAGGACCUGACGAGUAAGAGAUUCAUUCAGCACGGAGGAUACGAUACUGCGUACAGUUUACCGUGUAGUCGCGUCCCGUCUCUAGCGACAGAUACUGAGACGCCGACGCCGAGGGAAAGUGCGUUUCCGUCUGCAGCAGGGAGUCGGCAGCCUACGCCUCCGCUUUCACCGGCUCAUCUACCUCAAAAUUCGCAUUCGUUGCCUGGACCGUCUGCACUCCAGCGCGAACAGAAUUUGCCGAAGCAGUCUGGGCUUUUCACGCCUGAAGAUACCCUUGAGACACCACCAGACCCGGAUAACCCAUACAAGCGUUCUCGCCGACAACCGCAGUCUCAUUCCCUUGCCGACAUUGCGCCGCAGUUUAUCUUCAAGAAACUUGCACAUUUGGGUGAUAGGAGUCGUAACUCUUCGCAUAAGAGCUUGAAGAGUUUGGCGCACGAGGAGAGUUCUGGGAGUACGAAGACGCCGAGAGGAAGUAGUAUGGAUUUGAAGAGAUUUUUCAAGAUCGGGAAUCAUCACCAUAAGCCAUCCGAGAAAGAUCUUCCCAAGGCGGCUCCUGCACCGAUAAAGUCAAAUGCGCCGAGUAACCUGCCGUUCGGAGAUGAUCACGCCGGUCUGUUCAGGAAAUACGGAAAGUUUGGAAAGGUCCUCGGUGCGGGAGCUGGUGGGAGUGUGCGUUUGAUGAAGAGAGCAGCGGAUGGGACGACGUUUGCCGUGAAGGAGUUCCGUGCAAAGACGCCGUAUGAAACGGAUCGGGAGUAUGCGAAGAAGGUUACGGCAGAGUUUUGUGUGGGUAGUGCACUACACCAUCCCAACAUUAUCGAAACGCUGGAUAUCGUCAAGGAGCAUGGGAAGUACUACGAGAUCAUGGAGUACUGUCCAUAUGAUCUCUUUGCGAUUGUGAUGACGGGAAGGAUGACACAACCUGAGAUCAACUGCGCAUUCACACAAAUUGUCGCUGGUGUCGCAUAUCUUCACAACAUGGGUAUCGCCCACCGCGACCUCAAACUCGACAACUGCGUCGUAAACGAACACGGCAUCGUCAAACUCAUCGAUUUCGGCUCCGCCGCAGUAUUCCGCUACCCCUUCGAAGAAGACAUCGUCGAAGCCCACGGCAUCGUCGGCAGCGACCCCUACCUCUCCCCCGAAGUAUGCGAACAAAAAACUUAUGACCCACGAGCGGCAGAUAUCUGGAGUAUCGCGAUUAUAUUUUGUUGUAUGACGUUGAGACGGUUUCCGUGGAAGGCGCCGAGGAGUUCGGAUUCGAGUUAUAAGGCGUUUGUGAGUCUGCCUGAUGCGGAUGCGAUUUAUGAUCCUGCGACGAAUUCCGCUUCAGCCUCCAUCAAGGGUCCAUGGCGUCUCCUGCGACUAUUACCCUAUGAAUCCCGACCACUCGUGCACAAGAUGCUCGCGCUCGAUCCCAGGAGACGGGCUACGAUGGCGGACCUGAGGAGGGACGAUUGGUUGGCGAAUGUGGAGACUUGUACGAUUGCUGAUGGAAGGAUUGUGAGGAGUAAGGGACAUACGCAUGUGCUUGUUGGCGCGAGUGAGGCUGGUGGUAAGAAGUGA